CCAGUUCUCCGCGAUUGUUGCUUACCAUACACACGUUUACUUUUUUGAUUGUAAUAUGCUUUUAUUAAUGGUAUGUCACGUCAAGGCGUAGGAUUCAUCCGACACGUCCCUUAGUCAUAAAUAGAAAGUGCCAUUGCGGUUGACAAACUUUACUUUUGAGUUUAAAGCUAAUCUCUAAGAAUGUCGACGAACUUCAACAAAACCACAAAUGGAACGCAGACAACAUCGUGCUUCGAUCCUACAGCAAGAAGAAUCGGAUACACUGUUACUUACAGCCUGAUCUCUGUAGUUUCAGUGAUUGCAAAUUUAUUGAUUGCAAUUAUUUUUUACAAGACGAAAACUUUGAGGAAAUCCAUCAACUUUUUCAUUGUCAAUAUGGCCAUAUCCGAUAUUCUUUUGCCGAUUUUUCUUAUAACGCCGUAUUUAACAUCGUUAUACACUGAGGACCCGUGGCUGAUCAGUGGUCCUGUUGGCGUGGUACUGUGUAAGCUGGUAAUGUUCUUGCCUCACGUUUCUGUUUCUGUGUCUACCGAGAGCCUGGUUCUAAUUGCAAUGGACCGUUUUGUAGCUGUAGUAUUUCCCCUCCGUUCUCCUCUCAUCAGUUCAAGGCUGUGCCCGUUCCUCAUCCUCGUAACUUGGAUCGUUGCAAUGGCCGUUUCGUUUCCAUAUCUCUUGACAAUGAAACUUGUUGAGUAUCCGGAUGGCUUGGCGUGUGAGCGAAAGUGGAUUGAAGCUUUUGGCGAUAGCUCAUCGUUAAAACUUUAUAACGUAACGGUUUUCACUGUGUCGUUUUAUGUUCCAUUCGUAUUGAUUGCAAUACUUUAUAUAAUUAUUUGCCUAAGGCUCAAGCUCCAGAAGAAACCAGGCGAGCCAUCAAUCAACAUUGAGCGCCAACGAGCGAGAAGGGAGCGAAACGUAUUAAAGAUGUCCGUAGCUAUCGUGUUUGGGUUUGCGCUGUGCUGGUUUCCCUACACGAUUAACUGGUUACUACCGACGCAUUUCAGACCCGAAAAUGCAUCCUGUGGCUUCGAAUACUUUACCGCCAUUGCCUUUCUUUUGGCUCAUUCAAACUGUGCUAUAAACCCUUGCAUUUGUUUCAUUUUUAGCGUUAAUUACCGGCAAGGUUUCAAGAAUCUGACGCGAGGCUCUCUUGUCUUUAAUAAUGAUGUCAAUACUUCUGAAAGUGUUGUAUUCCAGCGACGGCGGGCAAGUGAAUCGAAGACCGAUUGUUUAGUCUCAGAUGCACAUGUAGUGCAGAUAAACUGCAUUGACUGACCAACUUUGAAAAUCGAAGGGGAGCGAAAUUUUUAGUCGGCCUUUGAAGAUGAAAACA